AUGAAGCCGCUGGUCUUUUUUGGAAUUAUUUUUGGGUGCAUUCUUCUCAGUCACUUCAGCAUCUUCUUCUGUCUCUACUCAUUUCCAGAUGCCAGAGUUAUUCCAGAAGGAGUUCCAUACGAUGAGCCACCACCUGUGCCCUACUGGCCCUACUCCACCACUGACUUCUGGAGAUACGUGGAGUACUUCCGCAGCAUCGGGGCCUACCACCACAUCAACGAGAUGGCCAGGGCCUUCUUCGCUCACCAGCACCUCGGAGACACUUUAGGCUACGAGGUUUCCCAGGGCCACGAGCAUUAA